AUGGAAGGGCUGAAGCACGAGGAGAUCAAAGACCAGGAGACUGUGGACAAAGUCAUGGAGGCCCUGGACAGCGACGGGGAUGCAGAGUGUGACUUCCAGGAGUUUGUGGCCUUCAUUGCAAUGGUCACUGCUGCUUGCCAUGAGUUCUUUGAGCAUGAGUGA